AUGCAAUCACUGUUUGGUGGUGGGGAGCUGGGGCUGCUCGGAGGUGACGCAGGGGGCCUGAAGGAAGAGGCUGUGGCAGCUGGCUGGCGCUCCUCGCCCCUGCCCCCUGAUGAUGUCUACUCAACCUCCCACUUUGCCCUUAUCACCGCCUAUCAGGACAUCAAGACGAGGCUGGCCUGCCUCGAGAGAGAGAACACCAGUAUCAAGAGGAAGCUCAAGAUGUAUGAGAUCAAGUUCCCCAUGAUCAGCGAUUUUGGGGAGGACGGUAAUUCUUACUGCUCCUUUGAGAGCAAGGAGACGGCACUGCUGCACUCGGAGAACGGCAGCCUGCACCAGAGAGUCAACGUCCUUACCCACGAGCUCCAGAAGAGGAAGGAGAGGGAAGAGCAGAUGGAAGAUGUGAUUCAAGCCUAUGAGAAGAUUCACAUGGAGAAGAGUAACCUCCAGAGGGAUCUGGACAAGAUGACGAGCCUGGUGGAGAAGCAUGUCGAGCGCAUCCUGAGCUUGGAGUCUGCUCUGAGGCAGCGGGACAGCUCUUUGCAGAAACUCAACAUACAGCUGCACAGCAAAGACAUGCAGUAUCUGCAGCUCCACGCCGGGCCAGAAUCACACAUGCUGGACUGUCCCGGUUUGACCCUCCAGACCUCCCGUAGUUUGGACGCCCUGUCAGAUCUGAAGUUGCAGCAGCUGGAGGCGGAGCUAGAGGGGGCACGGCAUGAGGUGCAGGGGGCAUGCCAGCGUGAAGAGGAGCUGAAGGCUGAAUGUGAAAGACUUAAAGAGGAGAUGCGGGAGUUGCAGAACAGCCAAAUGGAGAGGGAAAUAACUUCACCAUGCAAGCAGUGCGAUGUGGAGUGGAUAAAGAAGGUGGGAGAUGAACAGGUGAACCUGGCUCUGGCCUACACGGAGUUAACGGAGGAGCUGGGACGUCUCCAAGCUCUCAGCUCCAAACAGACGGAGAUCCUGAGGAAAGCCUCACAGGAGCCAGCUAGCCCAGUCCAGCUUCACUCUCCCAUACACCACCAGCGCCACUCUCCAGUGUCUCAGCGCCAUUCACCCAUCUCACAGCGCCAUUCUCCAGUCCCUCCUCCAUCGCAUCACUCCCCAAUUCAGCAGAGACGCUCCCCAGUGCUGCAGCGCCUUUCCCCAGACAUGCACCGCCGCUCACCCAUGCUGGACGUCAGCGAUGGCCCAGCCUCGUACUCCUGCCGGCCGCCAAGCCAGCAUCUGCGUGCUAGCUUCCAGGGCCGUCGCAGUUAUUCCGAGGUAGCCGACCCGUCUGCCUACCAGUGCCCGGUGCGCUUCUCUCUGGACCCCGUCUCCACCUUGCCUAAACCUCGGCCCUACGUUGAGGGCUACUCCAAACAGCAGCCCCAGCAUGUGGGCUCUCCGCUCAGUGGACUGCAACACCGAAGCUCCCCGUCUCCUCUUCAAGGUGGUGCGGCAGCAGAGGGGGGGCUCGCUGAGACCUCCAUGCGUCACUCCAGAGAAAUGCCAUUCCCGCUAUCAGAGGUAGCCCACCUGCAUUUUGACCCCCCUCCCCCUUCCACACCAGCGCCCCACCCACCGCAGUCAUCUGAGGAUGAGGAGGAGUGGACACACCCCAUAAGCCCACCGCGGACUCUGGGUGUGCUCUCCGGGCCUAUACCACCUGCUGCAAUGAGAGGCCCGGCGUCCUGCUCGGCCUUCCCCAUCCCUCAGCGGUCCAACACCCUCAGCUGUCACCUGCCACAAGGGUACGUGACAGCAGAACACGCCCAAUCCUGGCCUUCCAUCAACCUGUGGAUGGAGACAGAAGAGAGCGACAUGCGGAGCUGCCCUCUCUGCCAGCUAAUAUUCCCCGUCGGUUACCCUGACGAUGCGCUCAUCAAGCACAUUGACUCCCACCUGGAGAACAGCAAGAUCUGAUUGUCAUGGCAACGGGUCUGCACACAUCUGUGCUGUCGUCUUCAAGAUUAUGUAAGAGACCGGCAGCCAAAAGGGGG